AUGGAAACUAAAUUGAGCAAUUUAAAUAUCUCAGAUAAAGUUACUGAUACAGUGAACAACGAAGAUUGUUUAUACUGUAAUAAACCUUUUACUGAAGAGUUAUGGUGUAAAGAAUGUAUCAGUUCCUUAGAAAAAUUAGUAGAAAAUGGUGAUAAAGUAGCAAUGUUUAAUUUAGCCAAUAAGUAUAAAGAUGGAGAAGGAACAGAAAAGAAUUUAGAAAAAGCCUUUCAUUUGUAUCAAAAAGCAGCCAAAAAAAAUCAUACUGAAGCAAUGUUUAAUUUAGCCAAAAGGUAUUAUAAUGGAGAAGGAACAGAAAAGAAUUUAGAAAAAGCCUUUCAUUGGUGUCAAAAAGCAGCAGAAAAUGAUCAUAUUAAUGCAAUGAAUGAUUUGGCUAUUUAUUAUAAUAAUGGAAAAGGAACAGAAAAGAAUUUAGAAAAAGCCUUUUAUUGGUAUCAAAAAGCAGCAGAAAAUAGUAAUGAAAUAGCAAUGUUUAAUUUAGCCAUAUGUUAUGAAAAUGGAGAAGGAACAGAAACGAAUUUAGAGAGAGCUUUUUAUUGGUAUCAAAAAGUAGCAGAAAAUGGUAAUGAAAUUGCAAUGUUUAACUUAGCCACAUUUUAUAAUCGUGGAAAAGGAACAGAGAAGAAUUUAGAAAAAGCCUUUUAUUGGUAUCAAAAAGUAGCAGAAAAUGGUUUUAAAGAAGCAAUGAAUAGUUUAGCCAUAUGUUAUGAAAAUGGUGAAGGAAUAGAAAAAAAUUUAGAAAAAGCCUUUUAUUGGUAUCAAAAAGCGGCAGAAAAUGGUUAUACCGAUGCAAUGUUUAAUAUUGCUGUAUGUUAUGAAAAUGGGGAAGGAGCAGAAAAGAAUUUAGAAAAAGCCUUUUAUUGGCAUCAAAAAGCAGCAGAAAAUGGUGAUGAAGAAGCAAUGAAUAGUUUGGCCAUAUGUUAUGAAGAUGGGAAAGGAACAGAGAAGAAUUUAGAAAAAGCCUUUUAUUGGUAUCAAAAAGUAACAGAAAGUGACAAAGUAAGCCCCAUAACUGAAAUUGAAUUAUGUAAUGAAUGUAACCAACCAUAUACUGAUUACCAGUGGUGCCAACAAUGUAACACAAAACGAUUUCAACAAGAUUUUUCAAAAUGGACUAGUAAAAAUGAAUUUAUUGAUGAAUUUAUUCAAGAAGGACAACUAAAUGCUAAAAAUAGUUAUGAAAUUUUAGAGUGGAUACCUUAUAAUAAAUUGAAAAGUAUUAAUUAUUAUGAUAAAGGGGGAUUUAGUGAAAUUCAUAAAGCUAUCUGGUUGGAUGGACCUAUUUAUAGUUGGAAUUUUUACAAAAAACAAUGGAAUAGAUGUAUUUUUCAAACAGGCUAUGAGGUUAUUCUUAAAAUACUUAAUAAUUCAUCAAGUUUAAAUAGUAAAUUUCUGGAUGAGUGGAAAUAUCAUUAUAAUUGUCAAAAAAAAUCAUUUUCGAAAUUUAUUCAAUUUUUUGGAUUUACUCAAGAUCCAAAUAAUUUAAAUUAUAUAAUAGUAAUGAGUUACGCAAAAAAAGGAAGUUUGAGAAAAUGUUUAUCUGAUAUAAUUAAGUUUAAAUGGCAAGACAAGUUACAAUUAUUGAAAAAAAUUAUAUUAGGACUUAAAGUAAUUCAUGAAUCAAAUUUAAUUCAUGGUGAUUUACAUGAUGGUAAUAUUUUAAUGUCAGAUAAUUACAAUGAGUUAUUUAUUAUUGAUUUAGGAUUAUGUAAACCUAUAAGUGAUUUACAAGAUUCUAAUAAUAAAAUUAAUGAAAUUUAUGGAGUUUUGCCUUAUAUGGCACCUGAAAUAUUGAGAUUAAAACCCUAUACACCAGCAAGUGAUAUUUAUAGUUUUUCAUUGAUAAUGUGGGAAUUUACAUCAGGUAUUCCUCCAUUUAAACAUGAAGUACAUGAUCAAUACCUUAGUUUGAGUAUUUGUAAAGGAAAACGUCCUGAAAUUAUAAAAAAUACUCCAAAAUGUUAUGUAAAUUUAAUGAAAAAAUGUUGGGAUUCAAAUUCUUCCAAUAGACCGACUAUAAUAAUGCUUGAAAAUAUUAUAUCUGAAUGGAUUAGAUGUAUUAAUAAAUAUUAUAAUAUUAACAGAGAAGGAAAUUAUGAAUAUAAAGUAUCUAAUAUUGAUAAUCAAUUAGAAAAUGAUAUGUUUGAAUUUGUAGAAGCAAACAAAACUUUAGUACAAGAACAAGAAAAUACUUUUAUUAUACAAUCUCAUCCACAAGCAUAUUAUACAAGUCGCAAACUUACUGAAAUUUUAGAGACUCAAGGUUUUGAAUGUGUGAUUGAAGAUUAA